CGCAUACACUGACCCCAUCACACUAAAAACCUGCGAAGAUCGCCGGUGAGAGACUGCUGCGACUACGCAAUAGGCCAUUGAUAUCGCAUUCAUUUAUCGCAUUCAUUUCUGGGCCAUUGGUAAAGGGGACAACGCGUACAUAAUCCAAGGAAAUGGCUGGUAUUUUGACAUGGUUUUGGAACGAGAGAUUUUGGCUCCCUCACAAUGUAACCUGGGCUGAUUUAAAAAACACAGAUGAGGCAACAUUCCCACAAGCCGAGGAUUUGUAUCUGGCUUGUCCUUUAGCCUUCUGCAUCUUUAUGAUUCGACUGGUUUUCGAAAGGUGGGUGCAUUCAGAAGUGAUAACCUUAUAUUGGUAUAACUGGAGAUAAUGUUGGGUUCGUUUAAUUUACAUGUAGUCAAAAGAAAGACUGUUUUAAAGAACAUUGUAUCGGGUAGGCUAUUGAAGCAUGUAUGCUCACACUGAAUUUCUAGACAAUGACAUGCACAUGAUGCGAUGUAUCAAGGAAUGUAACAUUGUAGCUUCUCUAUAGGCCUGUCUGUUACAUUGUAACAAUGCUUCUAUGAGAUAUUAAUAAUGUGUCGGAGCAAUAGAGCUGCAUUUGGAUAUUAAUUAUUUUCUCCAUAAUGAGAGACAUGCUGGCCUAGCAUCCACGUUGCAAGUUGCAGCUGUCAAUAGGAGGCAAGGACGUUAUUCGAGUCAUGCUCGUCUAAUUUAGCCUACUAUUGACCUUGUAAGGGUCUGUGAUGCCUAUGUCUUGAUGGUGAUCAGUGUUGAGCUUCAUGUUGUUGUUGUAAGCCUGCCUAUCCCAAUUGUACAUAGUCUACCAGGCUAAGUGUUGAUGCUAGACUGGUACACCACUCAGCCACAUGGGAUGCUCUGUACAAUAGACCACAGACAUCAGUAGGAAACAGACAGACUUCCACAGCAGUGUCUCAACAUUGCCUAAUACUACACUCUUUAUAACGGCUCAUCGUGAUAUGGCAUAUAGGUGUCUGAUUUUAGAUUUGUGUGCAUUCGUCAGUAGGCUACAGUUGAAAUCUAUUUUAGUGUAGGCUACAUACAUGUCACUGAUUGGCUACAUGUCAUAAGGUCAUCCUGCUGUCACAACCACCACCGUGACAGUCACAAUGGAACUUUUACAUAGAAAUAUGUGUGCUGUAUAAGUCUUCAUGGGACAGUUGAGAGGCUUGUUGUUAAAUGUAAAUGUCCUUGAUUACUGAUGAUAUGACCUAUAAAAUAUGGUUUGAUUAUGAUUGCACUAAUAGGCCAAACAAAAGUGAAGACUGUGGUUCCUGCUGUGAAGUGUUCCUAGACCAAGAUGUUUGCUUUUUAAUUGUAGAUUAUACACACAGCUUGCUUAUGCAUACACAAGCCUCACAUUUACUAUUAUCGGACAAGGGCAUCUAUGAUACUAUUUGCUAAAACAACAUAUUGUAGUACUGGAUUAGUGUCCAUUGAAUCUGCCAACAACUGCUGUUGCCCUUAUGUUGCCUCUCACUGAAGAUAACACUACCUCUUUCAAUGGCAGCUAGAGUUCUAAACUAUAUUUAUACUGAGUCAGUGUUCACAAUUCACUUUUAAGGCAGGCUUUAACAGAUAAGGUUUUUAUUGCUAAAACUGAAACGUUGUGAGGCAUAACAUUUCCUCAUGAAAGGUCUGUUUAUGGUGAUCAGAUUAGAUUUUCUGAUUGCUGACGACACUUCAUUUGCAGAGUAAGGACUUUUUAUGAAUAGACCACUAGACUGCUAAUAUCUCUCUCUCUCUCUCAGCUGUCUGCACAUGGACAUUUCAUCUUGAUCUUGGCAUACACUUCCAGCAGUUUAAUCUUCCAUAACCCUUUGUCCAUUAAUGUGACUGUUACUCAAUCAUAUAGCUUCAUGAUGCCAUCUUUCAUUUAUACAGUUGUUAAAUUUAGCCAAAUUCUUAUAUUGUAAAUUGCUGACAAUGUAUACUGAAAUAAUAAUUCAGCAAUUCACACAUUGUACUUAUAGUUGGAUAAGAUUUUGAAGCUUUGAGAUUUAUUUUUAACAACUGGUUGUCAAUAUUGUCAAUGUGUCUGCCAUGAUUGUCCCCAUUUAUCACGAUCAAAACACUUUUCUGCUUAACAACAAUUAGUUGAUGAUGAUACAGUACCCACUGUGAGAAUAUUUUGAUAUUUUUGUGUUAUUCUUUGUAGGUUUAUUGCCAGACCAUGUGCCUUGGGUCUCAAGAUACAAGCCAAUGGACCACAGAAAGCCCAGCCCAAUGCCAUUUUGGAGAAGGUGUUCACUGCUAUCACCAAGGUAAAAAAAAAAGUAGUUCCUGAUUUUCCACUGGAACUAUGUGAUACAUUUGUUUGCAUUUUAGUGCUGAUAACAUACUGUAGAUUAAAAUCAGUCUCUUUGCAAAAGGCAUUGUAUUCAGGUUGAGUCCAGAAAGCAAGACAUCAUGUUUGAAAGUAUUUGUGCCUUGUUCUAUUGAUGCACCAUGGUUAUUAUUAGCUCAGAAAGGGAUGGAGGUCCUUUAACAAAUGCUCAGAUUCACAUACUGAGCAAUUUAGCAGACUAGCUCCACACAAGGUAGACAUCCUCAGUCAUUGUACAUCCUCAGAAAUGGAAACAAAGGUGUGUCCUCUCAGCUUCUUUUCAGGUGAUCCCAUAGUUUCACUUAGUGCUGGGGAAAAAAUCGAUACAGUUACAUAUCGGGGUAUUAUUUUUGAUGUAUCGUUUUUACAAUAUCGCAAUAUUAUUUUUGCGCUAGUUGGCUGUACUCGCACCAAAACCCCAGUAUUUUUCCUUCAUAGCUUGUUCUCCAUCUUCUUUUUAAAUAGGGAGCCAAUUUGUUUUCAGCACUUUUAUUUCCAUGAUUGAUCAAAAAUUGUUUUCUCAUGACUCUCUCUUUUCCCUCUGCAGCAGACAUAUGGUGAGCAAUGUGUUUGGAACAUCAAAUCGCAAUAAAAUCACAGUAUCGAAUCGCUAUACAUAUCGUAUCGGCACCUAAGUAUUGUCAUAAUAUCAUAUUGUGAGGUCCCUGGAAAUUCCCAGCCCUAGUUUCACUACCCCAUAGUGCAUCAUGCUGAUGAAACGUUAAGACAUUGAUUGCCUUUGAUUUCAGCGAAUAUCAAGCCUGUUUUAACUUCAUUUUAACUUCAGACAUGUCACACCUUUCCCACAAUAAUGACAGCUUUGUUAACAGUCAGGUGUCUGGAUCUUGUGUUUGCUAGCAUCCAGAUGAGAAGAGGUUGGAGGGCCUGUCCAAACAGCUGGACUGGGAUGUGCGGACCAUCCAGCGCUGGUUCCGACAGCGCAGGAACCAGGAGAAGCCCAGCACGUUGGCUCGCUUUUGUGAGAGCAUGUAAGAGAUCUCGACAGCUUCAGAAUGCCACUUAUUAUGACUAAUAUAAACACAUGUAAAAAACUAUUUGCCCCCUUUCAAAUGUUCUCUACUUUUGCAUAUUUUUGAUACUGAAUGUUAUCAGAUAUUCAACCAAAACAUAAUAUUAGAUAAAGGGAACCUGAUGAACAAAUAACACAACAAUCACAUACUUAUUUCAUUUAUUUAAUAAACAAAGUUUUGCAAUACCCAAUGCCCCUGUGUGAAAACGCUAUUCAAAUCGAAUCAAAUUUUAUUUGCCACAUGCGCCGAAUACAACAGGUGUAGACAUUACCGUGAAAUGCUUACUUACAGCCCUUAACCAACAAUGUGUUUACUUUAUAAAAAGUAAAAUAAAACAACAACAACAAAAAAGUGUUGAGAAAAAAAGAGCAGAAGUUAAAUAAAAUAAUAGUUGGGAGGCUAUAUACAGGGGGGUACCGGUGCAGAGUCAAUGUGCGGGGGCACCGGCUAGUUGAGGUAGUUGAGGUAAUAUGUACAUGUGGGUAGAGUUAAAGUGACUAUGCAUAAAUAAUUAACAGAGUAGCAGCAGUGUAAAAAGAUGGGGUGGGGGUAGGGGGGCAGUGCAAAUAGUCCGGGUAGCCAUGAUUAGCGGUUCAGGAGUCUUAUGGCUUGGGGGUAGAAGCUGUUGAGAAGUCAUUUGGACCUAGACUUGGCACUCCGGUACCGCUUGCCGUGCGGUAGCAGAGAGAACAGUCUAUGACUAGGGUGGCUGGAGUCUUUGACAAUUUUGAGGGCCUUCUUCUGACACCGCCUUGUAUAGAGGUCCUGGAUGGCAGGAAGCUUGGCCCCAGUGAUGUACAUGGCCGUACGCACUACCCUCUGUAGUGCCUUGCGGUCGGAGGCCGAGCAGUUGCCAUACCAGGCGGUGAUGCAACCAGUCAGGAUGCUCUCGUAGGUGCAGCUGUAGAACCUUUUGAGGAUCUGAGGACCCAUGCCAAAUCUUUUCAGUCUCCUGAGGGGGAAUAGGUUUUGUCAUGCCCUCUUCACGACUGUCUUGGUGUGUUUGGACCAUGAUAGUUCGUUGGUGAUGUGGACACCAAGGAACUUGAAGCUCUCAACCUGUUCCACUACAGCCCUGUCGAUGAGAAUGGGGGCGUGCUCAGUCCUCUUUUAUUUCCUGUAGUCCACAAUCAUCUCCUUUGUCUUGGUCACGUUGAGGGAGAGGUUGUUAUCCUGGCACCACACGGCCAGGUCUCUGACCUCCUCCCUAUAGGCUGUCUCAUCGUUGUCGGUGGUCAGGCCUACCACUGUUGUCGUCGGCAAACUUAAUGAUGGUGUUGGAGUCGUGCCUGGCCAUGCAGUCAUGGGUGAACAGGGAGUAUAGGAGGGGACUGAGCACGCACCCCUGAGGGGCCCCCGUGUUGAGGAUCAGUGUGGCAGAUUUGUUGUUACCUACCCUUACCACCUGGGGGCGGCCCGUCAGGAAGUCCAGGAUCCAGUUGCAGAGGAAGGUGUUUACUCCCAGGAUCCUUAGCUUAGUAAUGAGCUUUGAGGGCACUAUGGUGUUGAACGCUGAACUGUAGUCAAUGAAUAGCAUUCUCACGUAGGUGUUCCUCUUGUCCAGGUGGGAAAGGGCAGUGUGGAGUGCAAUAGAGAUUGCAUCAUCUGUGGAUCUGUUGGGGCGGUAUGCAAAUUGGAGUGGGUCUAGGGUUUCUGGGAUAAUGGUGUUGAUGUGAGCCAUGACCAGCCAUUCAAAGCACUUCAUGGCUACAGACGUCAGUGCUACGGGUAGUCAUUUAGGCAGGUUAUCUUAGUGUCCUUGGGCACGGGGACUAUGGUGGUCUGCUUGAAACAUGUUGGUAUUACAGACUCAGUCAGGGACAUGUUGAAAAUGUCAGUGAAGACACUUGCCAGUUGGUCAGCACAUGCUCGGAGUACACGUCCGAGUGACGCACCGAGUCACUGGUGCUUCCUGCUUUAGUUUUUGCUUAUAAGCAGGAAUCAGGAGGAUAGAGUUAUGGUCAGAUCUGCCAAAUGGAGGGCAAGGGAGAGCUUUGUAUGCCCCCUUACACUCAAUAACUGGUUGUUGAUCAGUCUCACGUUGCUGUAGAGGAAUUUUGGCCCACUCUUCCAUGCAGAACUGCUUUAACUCAGCUACAUUUGUGUGUUUUCAAGCAUGAACUGCUUGUUUCAAGUCCUGCCACAACAUCUCAAUUGGGAUUAGGUCUGGACUUUAAAAAAACACAUUUGAAGUUUUGGAAUGGCCUAAUCAGCCAUUUUCAUGUCGAUUCGAUUGUGUGUUUUGGAUCAUUGUCUUGCUGCAUGACCCAGCUGCGCUUCAGCUUCAGCUCACAGACGGAUGGCCUGACAUUCUCCUGCAGAAUUCUCUGAUACAGAGAAUAAUUCAUGGUCCCUUCUAUUAAGGCAAUUCAUCCAGGUCCUGAUGCAGCAAAGCAUCCCCAAACCAUCACACUACCACAACCAUGCUUGACCGUUGGUAUAAGGUUCUUACUGUGGAAUGCAGUGUUUGGUUUUCGCCAGGCAUAGUGGGACCCAUGUCGUCCAACUACAGGAAGCAUUUGGUUGCAGUCAUUGCAACUAAAGGUGGCACAACAAGUUAUUGAGUAUAAGGGGGCAAUACUUUUUCACGCAGGGGAAUUGGGUGUUGCAUAACUUUGUUAAUUAAAUAAUUAAAAUAAGUAUCAAUUUUUCCUGUUAUUUGUAAACUCAGGUUUCCUUUAUCUAAUAUUAGGUUUUGGUUGAAGAUCUGAUAACAUUCAGUAUCAGAAAUAUGCUAAAAUAGAGAAAAUCAGAAAGGGGGCAAAUACUUUUUUACGGCACUGUAUAUGCACAUUUGUUCAGUGGAACAGAUUUAGGUGUGGAUACAUAGACUUUCCAGUCCUUGCUAUUAGAGGGACAGACAGUCUUUCCUGUCUGGAGGGAUAUCUACUAGUUGAACAGGCCUGUCAGAGUGGGCUCAUGCCUGUCACCACUGGAGCCAGGCUGGCAGUGGGAGAAGCAGCGAGGCACAGAGUGGGUCUCUGAGGUUGUUCACUCAGGAGCUCACGGUUGAAGGAACUCGCUGCUUAGACGAUUGGCGCGGUCAUUAUUUGAUCUUCAAAGAGAAAUAUCAGAUUCAGUUUGUCAGUGUGAAAGUACCAUGGUUCAGCAACUGCCAACUGGAUUCAGUUACUUUGGUGGAACAAAAGAAGUAAGACGUCUCACAAAAGCAUAGCCUCUAUGCAACUAGAGCAAAUCUGUACCUGUUUUCUCAAUAUCUUCUGCUAAAAUUAAAUCAAGGAAGCAACAGUGUCACAACUGUUGUCCCUACAUUUUAAAUAUAUGUAGUGUUGUGUCUGUAGGCGGAAUGGAGUGGACAGACUCAGAAUGGAUUGGAUGCCUGAUUGGUUUCUCUGUUGUCUCAGUAGCAUGCAAUUUCCUAAACCAAACCAGCCACACUCGUCUCAGCAGUACUCCUACUGUAAUUAGUGCCUUGUAUGCAGCUGUUUGGGUUUGAUAGGACGCUGUGGUCUCAGACACUUCAGGAUGGCCAAGGUGAGGCCACUGUUCCCUUUUUCAUUAUGCUAACAAAGAGAGACACAUUUAGACUGGAGACAGCAGAGCCCAAAGACGCUGCACACAGUUAUUUAUUUUGUAGCUAGUUUUAUCCGGCCUGUCUGGUCCCCAGUCCCCAGUGGGGCAAGUGCUUUGUUUUCGACCACAGUGCUGGUUGUCUGAACUGAUCUGCCUCCAUCCCUCCAUGGUCCUCUGUGGUUCAAUUCUGUCAGGAAGAAAUUAACCAAAGGUAGCAGAUUAUAAUCUGCUGAGCCUUUAAAGACAAAGCUCAUAUUUGUGUUUUGUAAGCUAGAAUGUCAGGAAUGUCCUAAUACACACAUUUUGAGGGACAUAAAUAUUUGCAUUCACUUAUGACAAUAUUUAUGAUAAAGCAGCAAGGCACCAUGUGAUAACUGUCUCUGCAGAAUACAAUGGAACUGCGCAAUGAUUGAUAACAUCUAAGUGAAUCAUCAUGCUUUCAUGGCUUGAAUGCAACAACAUGUUAUAAAGCGACAGGACCAUGUACCAUUUGGUCACCAGCAAAAUUAUAUUUAGAGAAAGUAGUUGUGAGUCAUAGUAAUUGUACAUAAAUAGCACCAGGCCCGGUCCUGGCCGUUGUGCCGCCCACCUAUCCCCGUAAAAGUAAAAUAGUGUAGCCUAUAGUGCCGGACUAUUUGAUCGGAUAUCGUGCAUGAUUUUCUAUUUAAAGUGUCUGUCUCAUAACAUUGUUAUAAAUAUGGUCUCCAGUCUGUAGGCUACAGAAAAACCAAAUAUGCUACUAGUCUUUCUACUAUAGGCUACAUGAUUUAUGUUAGAUGACUUGAGUGUUGUUGGAGUGCCGCAGCACUGUCGCUCUCCAACAGCACCCUGGAGAGGCACGAUGGGCAUGGACAAGAAACAUAUUUUGCACCCCUGACUUUGGCAAAGUGGGCACUGCUUAUCAUGGGGCGGCAUCAGCGGUCACCUAAAUAGCCCAUAUGAUAUACUGUAUAUACGUUUUAAUUGUUUUGGGGCAGAAUUAUGUGAGAUGCUGUUGGAGUUGCGUCUUGGUCAGUUUAGCUUCCUAAUGGUAGGGCCUGCCCUGAAUAGCGCAGCGCUAGGAGCACACUCUUUUACAGUGUUUGAUUAACCAGUUGCCAAGCAACCAUCUUCUUGACCUAUCAUUAGGUAAAUGAGUCCACCUCAUUUGUUUUUACAAUUAAUAAAGCACAGAGAGCAAAAGUUUGAUUAUUUGAAUUCCAUGUAUGAUAGACUUUCUUCUCAUUCAAAUAUAAAAAUAUGUUCUAUUUGUAACCAGAGCACAGGUAAAGUCUCUAUGUACUGUGAUCACUGACAUUUGAUACCUCAGAGAUUCUUUGCCUCAGAAAAAGGACAACAUGGAUUUGCUGUAGUUUAUUCGUCAUUGCAAAGGCUACUGUGGUGUGUUUUCUGUCUAUGGCUGUCAAAAAGACUUACUUCUUGUAAGGCCAGCUAAAGCUACCCACACUAAAACCACCUGGAUGGAAGCACAACUCCCAGUGUCACACAGCAUGAUCAGCAUUUGUAAAGUUCCCCCUCUGAGGCCAGUCAGUGACAGUAUGUGAGCGGAGCUGGAGCGGAGAGAGGAGCGGAGCGUGCCCAAUUUGACUGAAGCGUGGAGCGAGAUUCCCAAAGGCUGGCGCGUCGGCCUUCUUGCCCGCUCCAAUUUCGCUCCAGUAGCGCUCACUUCACGAGCUCAGGGCAUGCCUGGCCCAGCAUGCAUUUGUAGUCUACUUAUGUGCUGCGAUAGCACCUUGCUUUAGCUAUGGUCAUGUAGUUCGCAAAAUAUUUUCAUAAAGAAAUGGAUAAAACACACACGUGCAAAAUCAAGGUGACUUACAAAGAUGAGGACCAAGAGCUAGAGAGGGAGUGCGGUGAUGUAGUGUCCACAACUAAAGAAUCAUUGUGGAAUCUGAAAAUACACAUAUCCCGAAAGCACGAUGGUGUACUUACUACGUGCACAUGCUAAAAGAAAGGAACGAGGUGGGUAGCUAAUGAAGUGUGUCAUUGUAGAAAAGUAUUUAUAAACUCAAAAUCAGAUCUCUUAAAAGUUUCCUUCAUUUAUGUUAUAUUAUCUAUACAAUAGGCCAUAAUUGAUGUUGGUCCAAUAGGCCUGGCAUAUUCCAACUUUCAAGGAGCUUUCCGUUUUGAUUGGGGUAUUUCGCCCCCCCCCCCCCCCCCUUUUUUUUUUUUUACAACUCUGCAUCCAAAAAGGGUGUUUAGCAUCCCCAGUGGCUAUGCAAGCAUGGAGAGGAUAUUCUCAGCUGCUGGCCUGCUCUCCAGGCACCAUCGCAUGAGCCUGACGCCACAGACUCUGGCCAAACUUGUGUUUCUAAAAAUGUAUUCAAAGGCACUGUAGACUCAGCCUAAUAAGGUAGUUUUCAUUGAAUUUGUAUUUAAUUCGAAAGUAAGUCACAGCCUAUAUGCACAAUUUAUAGACUAUAAUGAUUUAAUACAACAAAAUGUUGUUUAAAUGCUGAGCGCUUAAUGUCCCUGACUCCCUACCAGCCUAGUGUGUCGCACAUGCAAAUGCUUCACAAUGUAUUUCUUUGUAGACUAUAGCCUUGAAAUAAUAUAGCCUAAAUGAUUUUUGUUCCUUCUUAGGCUCACUGUCUGGCUCCUGACCUAUUUAUAGUGUUUUUAUUCUGUUUAAUAUGACAUGUAGCCUAUUUGAAAUUAUGAGCACUUCUUACAAUCACCUUUUCAUGUUUAUUAAAAUACUUUUCAUUCAAAUUAUAUGGUUUGGUUUCAAUACUUCAAAACCAAGUGGUAGGUCCAGGUAGUCACAAAAAUAGAUGUUGGGUGUGGUUAAAUUGUGAUUUUAAGGAAUGGAGUGUUUUUUUAGCGGAGCGCCGCUCCAUGAGCGAUGAGCAGGAUUUCCGACCAGUCAACUCCGCUCACAUACUCUGGUCAGUGACUAUUCGGUUCAUACAACAUCCCUGUCACACCAUGCUAGUCAGAGUUGGAACUUCCUGUCUCUGAUUUGUGGCCUGGUACAUGAUGGGUAUUCCUGUGUGCUGCUGUGACUGUGUGAAACCAGAGUACACCUGCAGCUGACAGGCUGUUUCACCUGUGAGAGGCCAUAUUAAUGGCAAGACUCAGUCUUGAAUUAUUGAUGCAAUUUGUCAUCGUUACGAACCAGAAAAGAAAAUCUGUCUUAGUCAAGAGUUUCUAUUAAAUAAUUCAUUUUUGUGAGAAAAAUAAAAAUAAUAUCAUUAGGAAACCCAGUAAUGUCUGACAAGGACGUGUGUUAGUUAUUGGCUAGCUCUCAGUCUGUUCCCAGUGCAGUAAUUAGUUGAUUGUUUUGGGCUGUGCAGCAACAGCGUCUCCCUGUUCAGCGUGGCUUUGAUCACUGAAGUGUCAACUGGAAACGUCUCAGUCUCUGCUCUGCCUGAGAGCUAUAGAAACCCAUGAUCACAGGAGACACUUUCCUAUUCAAUCAGUAUGCAGUUGUCGUGGGUACGUGCUGGGUUAUGUAAGACCAGAGCAGAGGUUGGGACUGGGAGUGCCUACCUCCCUCUGCCAUGCAGCAGUGCAGUGCGGUGGCGUCCGGGCUCCAGUGGAAGUGACUCACCAUGGAAUGCAGAUGCUGGGGUGUGAGAGCCCUGGCACUCCGGCCACUUCUCUGACAAGGCUAGCAGGCCUCAGGACAUAGUUCUAGAAUAUAACCUAGUCUCUGCCACUGGUUGAAUUCACACUUGUUACUCUUCUGUUAGGUUGAAAACUGAGUAGCUGAUCAAGAUGACUCUCGUGUCCACAGGCCUUUCCUUUCCAAAAGCUAUUUUCAUUUCAUUCUGUGACUUUUGAAAAUGAUUUAAAAUAUGGUACGUCUACUGUGUUCACCACUAAUUGGUCUAAGAAGUAAAAGCUCUGUUUACUAAAAGCAUCAGUGACUCAGUGCUUACAAUAAAAGGAAUUGUAGUCAGAUGAAUAGCGGAAAAUAAGAGACUGUUUGUUAAGAGGUGCAAGUGUGAUUUGAGCCUGUAUGCUGUCACGGUAUUGAACAAAGAGCCGGUGGCUUUCUUGGCUGUCCUUGGAUUGACCUCCCUCACAGGAGCUCAGACAUGGCCUCUCUUUGACAUUCCACAGAGGAUGCAUCUAAACCCAUAAUUGUGUUACUGACUGACGUUCUGUUCUCUUUGUUUUCUUCACAGGUGGAGAUUUACAUUUUACCUCUAUAUAUUUACCUACGGAGUGCGUUUCCUUAAAAAGGUGAGUGGGUUACUUUCCAAAAUCAUUUCAUUGAUGAAUACCAAACUGAAAACCUCUUUAUUCAGCACUUUCCGUAUUGAGGACACAUUCUUCAAAGAGGAGCUAUAACAGAACCUUGCACUCGAGGAUGUGUGGAGGAGGUUAGAUUUGAUGCAUCUUGCGGUGCAAGGAGUACCAACUGAAAAAGAAUGCACCUCUCAAACACUCCAACCAGUGAUCACUGAUAAAUAAUGGAUAGAUUUGCUCUCUGCACGGUAUCCAUAAUGCAGAUAUUAGUGUCUGUGAGCACAUGCACAGUUGAGAAACUAGUUCCCUGUCAACUACCACCUUCAGUCUAAUGCUGUUGUUACUCUAUGAUGAUAUAUAGAGGAAAUCACAUCCUCCGAGGGUAUCUCUUGUCUUUUAAUGUGUCUGUCUGACUCUGUGCUAUUGUGUAAUGUACUGAGGCCAGAAUACUUUUGAGUGUCUGUAGUAAUUGAAUGCUGCUGAUGCUGCCAUUGAUCUAGAAUAAUGAGUAAGGGUGGUGAAUAGGAGACAUUGCUGCGAGGAGAAUGUCUCAUUGCAAGAGCUUGCAUGACGAAGCACUUUGUGGAAUGAGUUCAUUCCCUUCAGCUGGGCCUAGUGAGUCCCUGGGGGGUAUUAAUAGCACAGGUCUACAGGGGAGAAGAUGCAAACUCAAUUGGCUUCCCUAUAAGUCGCCGUUUUGAUUUGAUUUGAUAUAAGUCGCAGUGUGAUGCAAAACUCGUCAUAACGGCUGUAUUUCUGCCUGCUUGAAGGACAAUAGCUCAGAUAUACAUGAAAACAUGAAAUGACCCCGGGAAUCGAUAGAACGUCGCUCAGAGAUGCACAAAAAUGAUAUAACAUUCAAAAUGGGUGAACCUUUCCUUUAAGUCUUACCAAGGUGAACCUUUAACUGUGUCAUAGCCCUCAUCAUCUCUCCUAAGCUCUAAGUUGAUACAGUAUGGGUGAUGAUUGAGUAACGACUCUGUAAUGUAGCUCAGUUGGCUUACUGGUCAUAUUCUGCAUUUUUCCACCAGACAACUAUGGAACUAUGUUCCUCCCUAAUGUAAGAGUGUGAGUUUGCACAUCAACUAAAGCAGAGUUAGCAUUUUUAAGUAGGUUACAUUUGUUUUGGUCCAGAAUCAUCUCUCGUUGAAGGCAAACAUACCCUGUGAGAGAUAAUGGCAAUAAGCAGCUCAUUACCCUGCCUUUGUAGUCUAGGUCCCUCUUGUGGCAAGACAUAAGACAGUCAAAACCACAUCCCCCAGUUCACUAGAGCAUUCAUCAUGUAGCCUGGGACCAGAAUUAACAUUCUCAGUCAUCCCCAGGCUAGUGCGUUCAUGAUUACUUUGCACUACUAGCGCACAGCAAAAGCUUGCUUUGAUUCAAUUAAGUUUCCCUUGAUGAAAAUACAAUCUGACAUGGAUACAUUCCCAAGGUUAUUGAUGUGCUGUAUUUUAAUCAAACAUUUAGUGUUGAGCCAGAGGCAACAUAGCAUUCAGGUGUGGGGAUCAAUAGCACUUUAUGAAUGUAAAUACACUUUUAAUUUGGGAACAGCAUAACAGUACAUUAAUAUUCUGUUCAUGUAUUGCCUCUGCAGACCCCAUGGCUAUGGAACACAAGAGAGUGCUGGUAUAACUACCCUUAUCAGGUAAUGUUUUCAUCAUGAAAAAAUUACCAAUGUUUUCUCUGUUUCAUUUUUGCUAAGCAACUUCUUUACACCUAUAACAGUUAUUGUAUUUGAAAGGUCUGUAAUACCUACAGUACGUUUGAUCUAACUUUGUUGACCUACGUGUGUAUUUUCACAGCCACUGACGGUGGACAUCCACUAUUACUAUAUACUGGAGCUGUCUUUCUACCUGUCCCUUCUGUUCUCCCAGUUCACAGAUAUCAGGAGGAAGGUAGGAUACCAAUUAAGUCAAUAGUUUGUUUAUCACAUUGCUUCCUCCAUAGAUAUUUGUUUGCAUAUGAUGUAACACCCAUUUCCUUUUAACCAAGGUAAUUAUGUUAAUAAUAAUACAAAAUAAAACUAAUAAUAGUCAUCUUUAACAAUAAAGCCAAUAUUAAGUCAGGGAAAAGGCUUCACAACGGUUUUAGAACAUUCAGAAACCAAAUGUGUUCUGAGUUUUUUCUCCUUUAUAAUCCUUUGUAUUGUUCAGCUCCAGCUUUGAUUUACACAGUAGUAAUCUCAGAGGGAAGCCCUAAUUAAUGUUGUCUGCACUUGCAUUCAGGCCUCCUCCGAUUGUCUGUUCCAUGACUUAGUUUUAUUUAAUCCCUGGGAGCGGUGCCUUUGCCCUGAUGUGGUCUAGUCUCUCUGCUCUGUGAAAUCACAGGCCUCUGAGAGGAGGAGAUGGAAUAGUGUUUGCUCAUAACUUUUAUGAGUAGGAUUUUCUGGCAGCCAUUCUAAACUGUUUUCCCCUCACAUUUGUUUUGGAGUGAGUCCUAUUUCAGUAUUCAGUUCCUAGAGUCUGCCGAUUUAUUACAUUUCUCCAUUAUUUUUUGAUUUCAGCGUAAUGUUUUUUGUUGUACCCGCUGAUCAAAACCGUCAUUAAGAAUUAAAAAGAUUAAUUGAAAUAUUUAAUAUUGAAUACGAAUGGUUUCAAGUUGUUGUUAAUAUCAGUGUGUGUUUUAGCCCUGGUUUAUCUGAGGUGAUUUUGUUAGUAGCUCAUGGUGAUUAUAUCAACUUCGUAACCUAGCCUCCCUCUCCACUUCAUCCUGAACGAUGUUUAAACACUAAUUGAGGGUCAAAUAAACAGCUGGGAUGACAUCAGGCCCAGUUUUCUCACUCACGCUUAAUCGCCAGACUAAAGAUAAAUAAUCCAUGGAACAGCCACCAUGGAAAAGAGUGCUGCAGAAUUCCUGAUGUGCACACAAUUCCUGUGUCUGUUCACACAUUUAAGACACUCACGUACACUGAGAAUACCAAACAUUAGGAACACCUUCCUAAUAUCAAUUUUGCCCUCAGAACAGCCUAAUUCAUCGGGACUUGGGCUCUACAAGGUGUUGAAAGCGUUCCACAGGGAUGCUGGCCCAUGUUGACUCCAAUGCUUCCCACAGUUGUGUCAAGUUGGCUGGAUGUCCUUUGGGUGGUGGACCAUUCUUGAUACGCAUGGGAAACUGAUGAACGUGGAAAAACCCAGCAAAGUUGCAGUACUUGACACGAACCGGUGCGCCUGGCACCUACUACCAUACCCCGUUCAAAUGCACUUAAAUAUUUUGUCUUGCCAAGUCACCCUCUGAAUGGCACACAUACACAAUCCAUGUCUCAAUUGUCUCAAGCCUUCAUCUACACUGAUUGAAGUGGAUUUAACAAGUGACAUCAAUAAGGGAUCAUGGCUUUCACAUGGAUUCACAUGGUCAGUCUAUGUCAUGGAAAGAGUUGUUCCUAAUGUUUUGUAUACUCAGUGUACACUCUUUCUAACACAUCGCGUACACAAGCUAUAAGACUUAUUUUACAGGUCAGGGCUCCUCCAUGUUUGAGCUGUCAGUAUUGCCUCUGCUUACAUUUUUUUCUUCAAUGAGCUAUGUUAUCUUCUUUAGCACUGUUGAGGGGUGUCAAGAACAAAGGGUACAAUAUAGGGGGGGGGGGGGGGGGGGGUGUAAUUAUAAAUACAGCAUGGGUAUAAGCUUUACGAUUUGAAUCAUCAAUCAAUCUUUUCAGUAUUUUUCCAAUUCAAAUCUGCAUCAACAGCCAUUCGUUUACAUUAACAUGUGUUAUUGUUUAUGGAGUUGCCACCUUGGCCGUGGUCUUUUCCAUAGUUCUUGUGGUUCACAGAAUGUCAAUUUGCAUGCCUCUCACCACAGGCAUAUGCCUACCUCUCUUCCUCCUCUCUCUGCCCCACCCUGUCCACUCCACAGCACACCUAACUCACUCACUCACUCACUCACUCAAUCACUCACUCACAGCUGUCCCAUGAUGCCAUGGUAUUUAUGCCCUCACCUCUCAUCUCUGUGUUGACUGUUGGCAUGUUGUCUGUUUUUGUUUCUCCUUUCAGUUUUUUCAUGCACAAAACCACGCAUUGAGGAGGUCCUCUGCACCCCCUGCCAAUUCCAGUAUGUUCCCUGCACUCUAUUUUGCCAUGCUUCCAUUCUGCAUUUCACACCACUGCUCUUCCUCCUCCUCCUCCUCAUCCUCCUCCUGCUCUGGGCCGGUUGCUCUGCUGCUGUCCUGCUGUACUGAUCCUCAUCAACCUCGUGGUGCACAGGAAGGCUCUCCCAUGUCAUCCACAUCCAGCCACAGCCUCACUCAUCAGGACAUCGCAACCAGGCUAGCUUUAACUAGACUAGACUGAUUUAAUACAGACUAAUCUAGACUGACUAGAGGCAACCUUAGUUGUAGUACAUGUAGACCCCAUCUCUUUUUGUACAUUUUUUCCAGAUGUGAUUCUCCUACUCAGUCAUGUGUGAAAUAAAUUACUGUCAGUCUACUGAAGUACAGUUCUGUGAAAAAGUAUUUGCCCCCUUUCUAAUUUUCUCUACUUUUGCAUACUUCUGAUACUGAAUGUUAUCAGAUCUUCAACCAAAACCUAAUAUUAGAUAAAGGGAACCUGAUUGAACAAAUAACACAACAAAUACAUACUUAUUUCAUUUAUUUCAUAAACAAAGUUAUGCAACAUCCAAUGCCCCUGUGUAAAAAAGUAAUUGCCUGGUUUUCGCCAGAAAUAAUGGGACCAAUGUCAUCCAACAAGUUAUACUUUUUGUUUCAUCUGUCCAUAGAACAUUCUUCCAAGAGUCUUGAUGAUCAUCCAGGUGCUACCAGGUGCUUUUUGACAAAGUUGAGUCAACUUUUUGGACGAGAUGGGUCCCAUUAUGUCUGGCGAAAACCAAACACUGCAUUCCACAGUAAGAACCUUAUACCAACGGUCAAGCAUGGUGGUGGUAGGUUGAUGGUUUGGGGAUGCUUUGCUGGACCUGGACGACUUGCCUUAAUAGAAAGAACCAUGAAUUCUGCUCUGUAUCAGAGAAUUCUACAGGAGAAUGUCAGGCCAUCCAUCUGUGAACUAAAGCUGAAGCGCAGCUGGGUCAUGCAGCAAGACAAUGAUCCAAAACACACAAUCAAGUCUAUAUGAAAAUGGUUAAAAAGCAACAAAUUUGAAGUUUUGGAAUGGCCUAGUCAAAGUCCAGACCUAAUCCCAAUUGAGAUGUUGUGGCAGGACUUGAAACAAGCAGUUCAUAGUUGAAAACCCACAAAUGUCGCUGAGUUAAAGCAGUUCUGCAUGCAAGAGUAGGCCAACAUUCCUCCACAGUGAAGUGAGAGACUGAUCAACAACUACAGGAAGCAUUUGGUUGUAGUCAUUGCAGCUUAAGGUGGCACAACCAGUUAUUGAGUGUAAGGGGGCAAUUACUUUUUCACACAGGGGAAUUGGGUGUUGCAUAACUUUGUUAAUUAAAUAAAUAAAAUAAGUAUAUAUUUUUUGUGUUAUUUGUAAACUCAGGUUCCCUUGACCUAAUAUUAUGUUUUGGUUGAAAAUCUGAAAGGGGGCAAAUACCUUUUCACGGUACUGUAGAUGAGAAACGAAGGUGAGUCCCGCAUUCAGAGAAACAACAGAAUUGUUGACACAAAUCAAAAGCAGAUGGGAGGGAAGUUGAAUUGCACAGCAUAUACAGUAUGGCCGUUUACUGAGUGUAGUGUUUACAAAGAGUCAAUGUCCUUGUCAGCAUGUCACCAUCGAUGUUCUGAUUAGUGUGCAGCCAGCAAGUGUACAAGGGGCUGAGGAGUCCACUUAUCCAGUGUGAGCACAAAGAAUACAGCAGCAGUCAUACUCUCUGCAUGACGCAGAGGUUUUCAUAAAACCCAUAUGCUGUACAAGUCCCCUUGCUAUGAGUCACAUGAUAGAGAGCUGUGAAUGCUUUCUCCCUCUGCCAUUGUGUGACAUGACUAUGACGCCUGUGUCCCCCAGGACUUCCUGAUCAUGUUCCUGCACCACCUUGCGACAAUCACCCUCAUCACCUUCUCCUACGUCAACAACAUGGCUAGAGUGGGCACACUGGUCAUGUGUCUUCACGACGCCGCCGACGUCCUGAUGGAGGUGAGUAGAGACAUGGGACUCGUUCAGCGAGGCACAACGUUGUGGAACUUUCAGAUGGAAAUAUGUUUUGAAGAACAAACAUGUCAUUUAUAUUCACAACUUUUCUAUCUGCUGCGUUCCACAACGUUUGCCUACUGAAAGUGGCCCUGAUGUGUGUUCUUCACACCCCAUGGACAUGGCUCCUGUGGUUCUUUUGUGGUUGUUUUAGAAUCACACGCAAGCCAUCACACAGUGAGGUCAAUGAGCACAGUAGCUAUCGGGGGAAAUCGGCCAUCUGUAGAUUUCAACUAUGUACUGCUAAAAAAACUAUUUCAGUGUAUAAAAAAGAUACGGUGGAUGCAACAUCCAUGUUUGUUUUUUGUAUUGUGAAUUAUGCCAUUAGUAAUAAUUUUGCAUGUGAACAUGCAUCUGUGACUUCUGUUGCAGGUUGCCAAAAUGGCCAACUAUGCCAAGUGCCAGAGACUUUGCAACCUCCUGUUUGUCAUGUUUGCAAUGGUCUUCAUCAGUUCCAGGUUGGGUGUCUAUCCUGUCUGGUAAAGAUGCUUUGUCUCUACAUCGAAUGAAUGCAUCCCAAAUGGCACCCUAUUCCCUAUGGGCACUGGUCAAAAGUAGUGCACUAUGUAGGGAAUAGGGUGUCGUUUGGGACACAGACAAUGUCUUCAUUGUGAAAAUCUACAGCUCAAUUGAAACGAUGGGCUCGAGUGUCUUGUGUGCGGUCAGUUAACACAUCACUUUAUCUGAGAAUGUUUGUCUCUAUGCAUCUUAUCUGUCUCUGUCUACAGGAGGCAUGAAUGCACUGUAGAUCUCAGAAUAUUGACACUUUCCAAAUGGGCUUUGCAAUUUUGCCAUGAAGGUUUUCAUUUUAUACAGGUCUUGGUGUGUUUUGUUGCUUAGUAAUAGUUACUAUGGAUACUACAGCCACAAUAUAGACAUAUCUUCUCCAGUAAAGAGAGAGGGGGGAUAAGAUGAGAGAUUGACCAUUAUUUUUAGAUCAAUUAUUUGACAUACAUUCUAGACUGGAAUCUAAAAUUACACAUUAAAUGUACACAUUGAAAACAUCAAUUAACUACCUCUUUAUGUUAUUAUGGUCUGUGUCAUUUCCUAUCAAUACCAGAUAGUUUAGUUUUUUCAUAUUGGACUUCCAAUUAGAUAAUGAAUUUGUAUUGUACUGGGAUGUUUUUGAUGUGUCAUCAGUGCCAGGGCAUCCUACCUUGAGAGAGAAGCAGUAGAAAACCAGUCAUAGUCCUGAAUACAUGAGCACCAUCUUACUGUGUGAUGUCCUUGUCACACUCAGCAGUACCGUCAAUGUAAGAAGGGAAAAGGGACAUGAUUUACUAUCCUGCUCUGAGACGACACCCCAACUUUAUCAACCUAAAAUAUAUUUCCUUUGAGGCCACACUCGAGGAUAGAGCUGUUGAUAACCAGGUCAAAAUGACAAAUUACUCUCUAUUCUGGAGAUAUUAAAUCAUAACCAUCUACAGUGCAGUGCUCUGUCUCUGUAGAAAGGUUGCUUUUGAAUAGUGCCUGUAAAUCAUUUAGAAAUGUCUUAUUCAAAGAUUUCCUCUCGUCAUGUGGGUUGUACAGUAUAUCACAGUGCAGGCAGAGUGCACCACAACAGCCACAAAGGUGGCAUUACUGCAUAGCUGUUGCCAUGGCUUCAGUAUCAGCAGGAUUCAUACCAUGUACAGUUAUUGGUCCAGCAAUAUCUCUACCUUCACUGAAAUAGCUCAAUCAUAUCAAGCUAUACUUUGCUAUCACUAAUUGAAUAAUCCUCUCUGUCUGUCUGUCUCUCUCUCUUGUAGGAUUUUAAACACUACCUUGUUUGAGAGCUGGGAGAUCGUGGGGCCGUACCCAUCCUGGUGGGUGUUCAAUCUGCUGCUGAUCCUGCUGCAGUUCCUGCACUCCUUCUGGUCCUACCUCAUAGUGAAGAUAGCCUGUCGAGCCAUAUCCAGAGGAAAGGUGAGAGACAAGUCAGAGGUCCCUCCUCUCUGACCUUCUCCUCCAAUGGCUUUUGAGAAGGAGGCGAGAAGAGAGGAUGUGAGGAGUCAAGGAAAUGCAAUUGAGAUUCUCCCCCAGUUCACAUUGACAGGGUCCCAAAUGGCACCCUAGUCCCUAUGUAGUGCACUACCAUUGACCAGGGCCCAUAGGGAAUAGGGUGUAAUUUGGGAAGCAGUCUCUGUCAUAUUGUUAUACAGUAAUGCUUUGCGAGAGGACCAACUUUAUGUAGUUAAAGUCAUUCUCAUUAUGUAUGUAAUUUAGAAUUUAGUACUACCAUGUUACUUUUUGUAAUUGUGGAUGCAAAGCAUUGGGAAAAUCUUCGCACUCAAGCUCACCAUACAUGUACUGUACUACAGGAGCUUUUCACUAAACUGUUUUGUUGUCAAUAGCCUUCAUUGAUUUGACUUUUCUAUCCCUUAUGCUAACCUUUCAACCAAGGUGGGGAAGUGGAAUCCUUUACAUGUAAGUAGUAGAAUAUAAAGAGGAUAAACUUAUUUGUGUAUUAUUGUCACAUGCUAUCUCACUAACAAAUCACAAUUACAGAUUGUUCUGAAACGCAAGCCGUCCCUUUAGUUUUUAUUGACGUUUUCCUCUUAUUUGUAAAAUAAGGAAACCAAUAGCAAUGGCCAAUCGCUUGUACUUCCUCUGUCAUGACAUCAGAUUGUAUAUGAGCUGUUCUAACAGCACCUGCAACUCUCCACAGGUGUCGAAAGACAACCGCAGUGACAUUGAGUCCAGCUCUGACGAGGACAACAGUCCUCCGCCCGCUCCUGUUCAGAAGCACCACAACAGCACCACCAACGGGACCAAUAAAGCCCAUGGGACCAACGGGUACCUGUCAGCAGGGGCCCCGUGUCCAGACGAACACUGACUGCCACUAUGAGACAUUACAAGCACUGGAGCAAAGCUGCAGACACCAUUCAUAGAUACUACAUGUGUGCCUGUGCGAUAUGAACAACAUUGCCUGUCUGGUACUGGAAGUUCUUAAUAGAAAUCUGUGAAUGCAGUUCCGUUUUCUGUUUGAUUAUUUCCAUGUUUCCCGUUUCAUUUUAUUCUCUUUCUCUAUAUUUGCAUCAAACUGCACUCAAUGAAAUAUCAAAGCACUCCUGUUGGUACAGCCCACUCUCUGUUUAGCCAAUGAAUGAAAGCAUUCCACUAUUAUUGAAAGCAUGCUGUUUAAAAAUAGUCUUGACAGGCGUACUGGGGGUGGUUAAUUAUGUUAGUGUUUUUAUGUUAUUUAUUUUUUAUAGAUUUAUGUUUUCAAAUUAUUGUCAACAUGUCUCAAUUACUUUAUUGUCAGUGUUAAGAUUGGCUAAUUAUGAACCAAUCCAUAGUGCUCAUCAGUUCACUAUUCCAUCAACAGGUAGACACAUUACAGUAUGAGUCAUGUCAUUGGCAAAAUGCUAAACACCUGGAUUUGCUUUCAAUGCUGCACCCCCCUACACAUGUCAAAACUGUGACUGAAUUUGUUUGGCUCACAAAGUAAUAGUAAUGUGGUCCCACAACAAUGCAAUAUGGGAAAUAAAAACAAACAUUCUCCAUCCAUAAGCUGUAAAUGAGAUAUCAGUAAAAUAUUAUGUGUGUGUGCAAAAAUAUGGGCCAUGCUAUAUUUUAAAUUAAAGCAUUUUGUUAUAAGUAUUCUACAACAUUUCUGGUAAGUAUUUUUACUAAAUGUUCAUGGCCCUCUUGGAAGACAGAUUAAGGUAUUAAGCGAUGAUUCAAUUAUAACCCAUGACGAUAUUAAAGAUUGCAAGUCAGAAAGUAUGUUUGUCGAUCUGAUUAAUUUCAAUUAGCAGGUAGUGUACAUACUUGUUCUUGUGACAAGCAACUAAGUAAUAUUUGUAGAUUACAGAAUUGGAAUUUAAUGGAAUGUCGUAAAUUGACUAAUGAAUGUAAAUUAUUUGUAUCUCUUAAAACUUUGAUAACCACUCAACGUCAAGUGAAUAAUGAACGUGAUUGCAUUUCAUAAAUGAAUCAUGACCAUGAAUCCUUGCGAUUGAUAUUCAUUCAAGAAUGCUUUCGGUACAAUGCCAUUGUUUUAAAAAUAAAUGUCAUUCAUCUUGCUAAUCCAGUCUCAUACAUUAUCAUUUAAAUAUGAAAAAUGUAAAUAUAACUAGAUGUAGUGUAUAUUGAAUUUAAAGUAGCAUUUGUUUUUCAGAGAAAAACAAUAGCUCUUCAGGUGCCCAUGUAAUUUCUCUAUGAACUUGUAGUGACUAAUAUGAAUCAUCCAAGGACACAUGGAUAGACUAGGAAGUGUAUUGUGUAGGUCUCUAAUGCAGUAUCAUCUUAAUGCUGAGCAUUGUGGCAAUGUAUUUACCACCGUCUCUCCUUCCCCAUUGUUGAUGUGAAGAGAUGAUAUAAUACUUUAUUGGCAGUAUUAUAAACGCCUGGGUUUACUCUGCCCGCAAGAAAGGGAACGUUUUGAAGAGGUAAGGGACUGUACGUUAUUUACACUUAACAGAAAUAUAAACUCAACAUGUAAAGUGUUGGUCACGUGUUUCAUGAGCUGGAAUAAAAGAUCCCAGAAAUGUAACAUACGCACAAAAAGCUUAUUUCUCUCAAAUUUUGGGCACACGUGUUUACAUCCCUGUUAGUCAGCAUUUCUCCUUUGCCAAGAUAAUCCAUGCACCUGACAGGUGUGGCAUAUCAUUAAUCAGAUUAAACAGCAUGAUCAUGAAACAGAUGCACCUUGUGCUAGGUACAAUGAAAGGACACUCUAAAAUGUGCAGUUUUGUCACACAACACAAUGCCACAGAUGUGUCAAGUUUUGAGGGAGCAUGAAAUUGGUAUGCUGACUGCAGGAAUGUCCACCAGGGCUGUUGCCAGAGAAUUGAAUGUUCAUUUCUCUACCAUAAAUCACCUCCAACGUCGUUUUAGAGAAUUUAUCAGUACGUUCAACCAACCUCACAACCGCAGACCACGUGUAAGGCGUCAUGUGGGCGAGCAGUUUGGUGAUGUUAACGUUGUGAACAUAGUGCCCCAUGGUGGCGGUGGGGUCAUGGUACGGGCCAGGUAUAAUCUCUGUACAACAAACACAGUUGCAUUUUAUCGAUGGCCAUUUGAAUGCACAAAAAUACCGUGACGAGGUCCUGGGCCCAUUGUGAGGCCCAUUUGUUAAAGGUAUCUAUGACCAACAGAUGCAUAUCAGUUCUCCCAGUCAUGUGAAAUCCAUAGAUUAGGGCCUAAUCAAUUUAUUUCAAUUGACUGAUUUCCUCAUAUGAACUGUAACUCAGUAAAAUCAAUGAGAUAGUUGCAUGUUACGUUUAUAUAUUUUUGACCUCUUUGAAAUGAAAAUGGAUGGCCCUCCCUUCAGUAAAAUAUAUAUUUUUACCCGACCCUCCCAGAAGGCUUGUACAAUUAAACAAGUGACCCUCCCUUGUACCCAAAAUAAUAAUUAAAACAUAAAGUGGAUAGCAGAGAACAUGCCUACCAUUUAUCCUCACUCCUAGGACAGACCAGAGACUUAGAUAUGCAGUUUCAGAAACGGUUCUUCGUUUUGUAAGCAAUAUGCGGUGGUCCCAUGUAGCUAAAUUGGUAGAGCAUGGUGCUUGCAAUGCAAGUGUUGUGGGUUUGAUUCCCAAGGGGCACCAGUAUGACAAUGUAUGCACUCACUACUGUAAGUCGCUGUGGAUAAGAGCGUCUGCUAAAUGACGUAAAAUCUAAAGAUUGUGGAUUCGCACACCACCCUGAACAAGGGUAGGGGUGAAAGGGUAUCCAUUAUAAUAAAAAGCACUGCAUGAAUCUAUCAUCUUAUUUCCGGUCCGAGAAAAGAUUGCCUUUUAUAAACGCAUUUCAUGCAAUUCUGCAUCAUUUUACAUGACUGGAGACAGGCAGAAUCUGUUUUAAUACCACAACAGAGAAUGACAACGAAUGAGUGCAUGCUGCAGCACCAGAGAGCGCUAGAGACGUUUUGAUUUCUAUACAGGCUAUUGUUAAAAAAGAGGAUAGGCUAAGUUUGUAACAUUGCUGAAGUUGUCUAUCAACUGUCAGAAAUGUGUGAAACAGAACCAGUUACAACUGAAGUAUCUGAUCAUCAAUUAAUUUAAGAAGAAGCCAUUUGUUGUUUAACACAGCAGCCGCAUAUCAUCAGGUAGGCCUACAGUAUAUGCACUUGCAACUUUUUUCAUUUAGGAAACUAUCAUUUUCUAUUUUAUUAUAUUUUUAUUCCAUGAUAUUGUUGUUACGAAAUAGAUUUGUGUUGACUGUGAUUAGGGCAUGGGAAUAUAAGAGCAUCAGCUAGACUAAAUUAACAAACUACAUACAGUGGGGAAGAAAAGUAUUUAGUCAGCCACCAAUUGUGCAAGUUCUCCCACUUAAAAAGAUGAGAGAGGCCUGUAAUUUUCAUCAUAGGUACACGUCAACUAUGACAGACAAAAUGAGAAAAGAAAUCCAGAAAAUCACAUUGUAGGAUUUUUAAUGAAUUUAUUUGCAAAUUAUGGUGGAAAAUAAGUAUUUGGUCAAUAACAAAAGUUUCUCAAUACUUUGUUAUAUACCCUUUGUUGGCAAUGACACAGGUCAAACGUUUUCUGUAAGUCUUCACAAGGUUUUCACACACUGUUGCUGGUAUUUUGGCCCAUUCCUCCAUGCAGAUCUCCACUAGAGCAGUGAUGUUUUGGGGCUGUCGCUGGGCAACACGGACUUUCAACUCCCUCCAAAGAUUUUCUAUGGGGUUGAGAUCUGGAGACUGGCUAGGCCACUCCAGGACCUUGAAAUGCUUCUUACGAAGCCACUCCUUCGUUGCCCGGGCGGUGUGUUUGGGAUCAUUGUCAUGCUGAAAGACCCAGCCACGUUUCAUCUUCAAUGCCCUUGCUGAUGGAAGGAGGUUUUCACUCAAAAUCUCACGAUACAUGGCCCCAUUCGUUCUUUCCUUUACACGGAUCAGUCGUUCUGGUCCCUUUGCAGAAAAACAGCCCCAAAGCAUAAUGUUUCCACCCCCAUGCUUCACAGUAGGUAUGGUGUUCUUUGGAUGCAACUCAGCAUUCUUUGUCCUUCAAACACGACGAGUUGAGUUUUUACCAAAAAGUUCUAUUUUGGUUUCAUCUGACCAUAUGACAUUCUCCCAAUCCUCUUCUGGAUCAUCCAAAUGCACUCGAGCAAACUUCAGAUGGGCCUGGACAUGUACUGGCUUAAGCAGGGGGACACGUCUUGCACUGCAGGAUUUGAGUCCCUGGCGGCGUAGUGUGUUACUGAUGGUAGGCUUUGUUACUUUGGUCCCAGCUCUCUGCAGGUCAUUCACUAGUCCCCCCUGUGUGGUUCUGGGAUUUUUGCUCACCGUUCUUGUGAUCAUUUUGACCCCACGGGGUGAGAUCUUGCGUGGAGCCCUAGAUUGAGGGAGAUUAUCAGUGGUCUUGUAUGUCUUCCAUUUACUAAUAAUUGCUCCCACAGUUGAUUUCUUCAAACCAAGCUGCUUACCUAUUGCAGAUUCAGUCUUCCCAGCCUGGUGCAGGUCUACAAUUUUGUUUCUGGUGUCCUUUGACAGCUCUUUGGUCUUGGCCAUAGUGGAGUUUGGAGUGUGACUAAUUGAGGUUGUGGACAGGUGUCUUUUAUACUGAUAACAAGUUCAAACAGGUGCCAUUAAUACAGGUAACGAGUGGAGGACAGAGGAGCCUCUUAAAGAAGUUGUUACAGGUCUGUGAGAGCCAGAAAUCUUGCUUGUUUGUAGGUGACCAAAUACUUAUUUUCCACCAUAAUUAGCAAAUAAAUUCAUUAAAAAUCCUAUAAUGUGAUUUUCUGGAGAAAAAAAAUCUCAAUUUGUCUGUCAUAGUUGACGUGUACCUAUGAUGAAAAUUACAGGCCUCUCUCAUCUUUUUAAGUGGGAGAAUUUGCACAAUUGGUGGCUGACUAAAUACUUUUUUUCCCCACUGUAGGUAUGCAUAGCUCACCGCAUGAUCCUCAAACCAGAGAUGACACCCCAACUUUAUCAACCUAAAAUAUAUUUCCUUUGAGACCACACUCAAGGAUACAGUGCUUACAAAAGUAUUCAUCCCCCUUGGCGUUUUUCCUAUUUUGUUGCAUUGCAACCUGUAAUUUAAAUGGAUUUUUAUUUGGAUUUCAUGUAAUGGACAUACACAAAAUAGUCCAAAUUGGUGAAGUGAAAUUAAAAAAAUAACUUGUUUCAAAUAAUUCAAAUAAAUAAAUUACGGACAAUUGGUGCAUGCAUAUGUAUUCACCCCCUUUGCUAUGAAGCCUAUAAAUAAGAUCUGGUGCAACCAAUUACCUUCAGAAGUCACAUAAUUAAUUAAAUAAAGUCCUCCUGUGUUUAAUCUAAGUGUCACAUGAUCUCACUAUAUAUACACCUGUUCUGAAAGGCCCCAGAGUCUGCAACACCACUAAGCAAGGGGCACCACCAAGCAAGCGGCACCAUGAAGACCAAGGAGCUCUCCAAACAGGUCAGGGACAAAGUUGUGGAGAAGUACAGAUCAGGGUUGGGUUAUAAAAAAAUAUCAGAAACUUUGAACAUCCCAAGGAGCACCAUUAAAUACGUUAUACAUUUUUAAAAAUAAUAUGGCACCACAACAAACCUGCCAAGAGAGGGCCGUCCACCAAAACUCACGGAUCAGGCAAGGAGGGCAUUAAUCAGAGAGGCAACAGAGACCAACGAUAACCCUGAAGGAGCUACAAAGCUCCACAGCGGAGAUUGGAGUAUUUGUCCAUAGGACCACUUUAAGCCGUACACUACCCAGAGCUGGGCUUUACGGAAGAGUGGCCAGAAAAAAGCCAUUGCUUAAAGAAAAAAAGAAGCAAACACGUUUGUUGUUUGCCCACAGGCAUGUGGGAGACUCCCCAAGCAUAUGGAAAAAGGUACUCUGGUCAGAUGAGACUAAAAUUGAGCUUUUUGGCCAUCAAGGAAAACGCUAUGUCUGGCGCAAACCCAACACCUCUCAUCACCCCGAGAACACCAUCCCCACAGUGAAGCAUGGUGGUGGCAGCAUCAUGCUGUGGGAUGUUUUUCAUCGGCAGGGACUGGGAAACUGGUCAGAAUUGAAGGAAUGAUGGAUGGCGCUAAAUACAGGGAAAUUCUUGAGGGAAACCUGUUUCAGUCAUCCAGAGAUUUGAGACUGGGACAGAGGUUCACCUUCCAGCAGGACAAUGAUCCUAAGCAUACUGCUAAAGCAACACUUGAGUGGUUUAAGGGGAAACAUUUAAAUGUCUUGGAAUGGCCUAGUCAAAGCCCAGACCUCAAUCCGAUUGCUGUACACCAGCGGAACCCAUCUAACUUGAAGGAGCUGGAGCAGUUUUGCCUUGAAGAAUGGGCAGAAAUCCCAGUGGCUAGAUGUGCCAAGCUUAUAGAGACAUAUCCCAAGAGACUUGCAGCUGUAAUUGCUGCAAAAGGUGGCUCUACAAAGGGGGGAGGGGGUGAAUAGUUAUGCAUGCUCAAGUUUUCUGUUUUUAUGUCUUAUUUCUUGUUUGUUUCACAGUGAAAAAUAUUUUGCAUCUUCAAAGUGGUAGGCAUGUUUUGUAAAUCAAAUGAUACAAACCCCCCAAAAAUCAAUUUUAAUUCCAGGUUGUAAGGCAACAAAAUAGGAAAAAUGCCAAGGGGGUUGAAUACUUUCGUAAGCCACUGUAGAGGUAUUGAUAACCCGGUCAAAAUGACAAAUGACUCUCUAUUCUGGAGAUAUUAAACCAUAAACCUCUACAGUGUAGUGCUCUGUUUCUGUAGAAAGGUUGCUUUUGAAUAGUGCAUGUAAAUAAUUUAGAAAUGUCUUAUUCAAAGAUUUAUUCUUGUUUCCUCUUGUCAUGUGGGUUAAACAGUAUAUCACAGUGCAGGCAGAGUGCACCACAACAGCCACAAAGGUGGCAUUACUGCAUAGCUGUUGCCAUGGCUUCAGUAUCAGCAGGAUUCAUACCAUGUACAGUUAUUCGUCCAGCAAUAUCUCUACCUUCACUGAAAUAGCUCAAUCAUAUCAAGCCAUAUUUUGUGUGCUACCUCAUUAAUUGGUGUAUGUAUUCCAUCAGACACGUGAAUUAAGGAUUUCACACUUUCUUUAAAGUAGGUCUAGUAGUAUGUACAUGUAUAUUACAGAUUGACUUCAUACAGUAAAUGUACAAUUGCUGCUAGAGCCUUUCCACACAGCACAGUGUAGCAGUGAGAAGGGUAAAAUUCUGUCUGUCUGCAUCUGCCGGGUGAUGUUUAUCCUUGGCUGUUAAGAGUGUCUGUCUGUCUGUGAUGUGGAGGAUGGAGAAGGGGUAGGGGCUGAAGGCUCUGGACAUUAGCUUCUUAUGUUGUCCCUGAGAGUCUCUCUCAGCCACCUGCCUAUUCCUCCACCCUACCUUUAGAGCACCAAGAACAUUUACUGCUCUUCUGUUCACCCAGCAUUCUAAGGACUGUCUAUUUACACAAAUCGACAAUAACAGGCAGCUUGUUUGCCUCAGAUUUGGUUUUCUGAAGAUAACUUUAGUUGACAUGUUUUAGUUAAUUUCUAAGAGAGAUAGACACAUUAAAACCAACAGUCUAUUACCCAAUUCCCAAUAGAGACAUGUUGUUGUUGUCUCUUCAGGAAUAGAUUAAUCAACUCAUUACUACAUCCUGUCACUAUGAGCUGCACUGCAUGUGUCUAUAGUGUGGUUUACUUAUCAAAUAAAUUGACUAAUCCUCUCUCUCUGUAUCUGUCUGUCUGUCUCUCUCUCUUGUAGGAUUUUAAACACUACCUUGUUUGAGAGCUGGGAGAUUGUGGGGCCGUACCCAUCCUGGUGGGUGUUCAACCUGCUGCUGAUCCUGCUGCAGUUCCUGCACUCCUUCUGGUCCUACCUCAUAAUAAUAAUAAUAUGCCAUUUAGCAGACGCUUUUAUCCAAAGCGACUUACAGUCAUGCGUGCAUACAUUUUUUUGUGUAUGGUGGUCCCGGGGAUCGAACCCACUACCUUGGCGUUACAAGCGCCGUGCUCUACCAGCUGAGCUACAGAGGACCACCUCAUACGGGGGAGGUCCUCUGUAGCUCAGCUGGUAGAGCCCGGCGCUUGUAACGCAAGGUAGUGGGUCGAUCCCCGGGACCCAUACACAAAAAUUUGUUAUGCACGCAUACUUAAGUCGCUUUGGGAUAAAAGCGUCUGCUAACUGGCAAUUAUUAUUUUAUUAUUUCAUAGUUUAAGAUAGCCCCUGUCGUCCCAUACCCAGAGUAAGGUGAUAGCAAGUCAGAGGUCCCUCCUCUCUUACCUCUCCUCCAAUGGCUUUUGAGAAGGAGGCGAGAAGAGAGGAUGUAGAGUCAAGGAAGCAUUGAGAUCUCCCCCAGUUCACAUUGACAGGGUCCCCAAAUGGCACCCUACGUUCACUAUGUAGUGCACUACCCUUUGACCAGGGCCCAUAGGGAAUAGGGUGUAAUUGGGAAGCAGUCUUUGUCAUAUUGUUAUACAGUAAUGCUUUGCGAGAGGACCAACUUUAUGUAGUUAAAGUAAUUCUCAUUAUGUAUGUAAUUUAGAACUACCAUGUUACUUUUUGUAAUUGUGGAUGCAAAGCAUUGGGAAAAUCUUCGCACUCAAGCUCACCAUACAUGUACUGUACUACAGGAGCUUUUCACUAAACUGUUUUGUUGUCAAUAGCCUUCAUUGAUUUGACUUUUCUAUCCCUUAUGCUAACCUUUCAACCAAGGUGGGGAAGUGGAAUCCUUUACAUGUAAGUAGUAGAAUAUAAAGAGGAGAAACUUAUUUGUGUAUUAUUGUCACAUGCUAUCUCACUAACAAAUCACAAUUACAGAUUGUUCUGAAACGCAAGCCGUCCCUUUAGUUUUUAUUGACGUUUUCCUCUUAUUUGUAAAAUAAGGAAACCAAUAGCAAUGGCCAACCGCUUGUACUUCCUCUGUCAUGACAUCAGAUUGUAUAUGAGCUGUUCUAACAGCACCUGCAACUCUCCACAGGUGUCGAAAGACAACCGCAGUGACAUUGAGUCCAGCUCUAACGAGGACAACGGUCCUCCGCCCGCUCCUGUUCAGAAGCACCACAACAGCACCACCAACGGGACCAAUAAAGCCCAUGGGACCAACGGGUACCUGUCAGCAGGGGCCCCGUGUCCAGACGAACACUGACUGCCACUAUGAGACAUUACAAGCACUGGAGCAAAGCUGCAGACACCAUUCAUAGAUACUACAUGUGUGCGUGUGCGAUAUGAACAACAUUGCCUGUCUGGUACUGGAAGUUCUUGUCACGUUCGUUGACAGACGGGACGGACCAAGGCGCAGCGUGAUAUGCAUACAUGUUUAUUUAAACGUAAUAAACCCUCGACAAAACAAUAACCCAACGAUACGUGACGUCCAAGGUAGACACAAACAACAUACCUUAUACGGAACAAGAUCCCACAACCCACUAGUGCCAAUAGGCUGCCUAAGUAUGGGCCCCAAUCAGAGACAACGAGCGACAGCUGCCUCUGAUUGGGAACCACACAGGCCAACAUAGAUCUAGAUAUACUAGACUUUAAACAUAGAUCUACACCACAUAGAAAAUCACACCCUGACUCAACAAAUAAGAGUCCCCAGAGUCAGGGCGUGACAGUUCUUAAUAGAAAUCUGUGAAUGCAGUUCCGUUUUCUGUUUGAUUAUUUCCAUGUUUCCCGUCUCAUUUUAUUAUCUUUCUCUAUAUUUGCAUCAAACUGCACUCAAUGAAAUAUCAAAGCACUCCUGUUGGUACAGCCCACUCUCUGUUUAGCCAAUGAAUGAAAGCAUUCC